AGGCUCACUUACAACAAAACAAGGGGAAAACUGCACUUCGUCACCUCCCCGAGCCCCGGGUCUGCCCCCUUGACGCUCGCCCUCUCCCCCUGCAGAUGAGGAGCCACCAGCACCACCUCCCGCCCGCGCCACCUGCUGGAGGAACUUAGCCGGUUUCUGGGUGCUCGGCCUCUGCAAUAACUUUGCCUACGUGGUGAUGCUGAGCGCGGCCCAUGACAUCCUGAGCCAGCAGGGGGCGCUGGACACCAACGGGACCACCCAGACUCCCCCGGUGACACGCCCCGGCGGGAACGCGUCCAACACCUCCCGCUACGACUGCAACCCCAUCUCCACCGGGGCUGUGCUCUUGGCUGACAUCCUGCCCACCCUGCUCAUCAAAUUCAGUGCCCCCUUCUACAUCCACCGCGUGCCCUAUGGGUGCAUUGUGGGGGUGGUCCUGGCCAGCGUCUCGUCGGGGCUGGGGGAGAUCAGCUUCCUGGCGCUCACGGCUUUCUACCCCAGCGAGGUGGUGUCAUGCUGGUCGUCGGGCACGGGGGGCGCCGGCCUGCUGGGGGCGCUGUCGUACCUGGGGCUGACGCAGGCCGGCCUCAGCCCCCGUCACACCCUGCUGGCCAUGCUCAGCCUGCCCCUGGCCAUGCUGCUCAGGUCCCUGCAGCGCGCCCGUCUGGCUGCUUGUGCACCUCUCCCCCCCCUCUCCCCGCAGGGUCUCCUGAAAUACCUGCUGCCCCUGGCGCUCGUCUACUUCGCCGAGUAUUUCAUCAACCAGGGCCUGUUUGAGCUGCUGUACUUCCGGGACUCGGCUCUGACACACGCUCAGCAAUAUCGCUGGUACCAGAUGCUCUACCAGGCCGGAGUGUUUGUAUCCCGGUCCUCCCUGCACUGCGUCCGGAUCCGCCACAUCUGGGUCCUCGCCCUGCUGCAGUGCCUGAACAUGGUGUUCCUCCUGCCCGCCGUGUACUUUAUGUUCCUGCCUAGCAUCUAUCUGGUCUUCGCCCUGAUCCUGUACGAGGGGCUGCUGGGGGGAGCUGGCUACGUGAACACCUUCCACAACAUCAGCCUGGAGGUGUGCCCGGGGGGACACUGGGGGCUGGGGGGAAAGGGAAGGUUAUGA